AUGACAAGUACAGGACAAAUACCAACGCCAUGGAAAAGUACAGCUGCAACUUUAUUCAAUCCGUAUUUGAAUAUCAAUCAAAGAUCCAAUACAACUCGUCAACAAUCCGGUCGCACACGAACAUCGACUGCAACUACUCAACAAGGACGAGUUCCACCAGAAAGUCUCGUUGGUGCUAGUCAUCCCAAAGUGACUUCAUCAGAAUCACAAAAACGACCACGAUCGAAACAUUUUCCAAGUUCGAAUGCUGCGGAAGAAGUGUCGAUCUACGUUCAACAAAUGAUUCAUUGUCAAAAUGAUCUUGAAAAUGAAGAGAACCUAUCGAAUCGUACAAUGAGUACAGCAAAUGAAAGAAAUUCCAAUCGAAAAAGAAUUCCGCUAACGAGAGAACAGACACGAGUGUCAUCUUACGAAUUAGACGAAUUUUUCAAUUCAACAAAUGAUCAAAUGUCGCAUUUUGCAUCGACAUUACUUUCUCACGAAUCAGAUUUUUACAAACAUUGUCCUCAUCGGAAAGAAAGUCCAAAAUAUAAACCAAAUAGAAAACGAUCAGGUUUCACAUUGGCUGAUAUGUGUAAUGUAGCUUCUAAUAUAGGAGAUAAAAUGAUUCAGAGUAGAGAAAAGGUUGGUCUCGAAGCGAUUCGUGGUUUUCGUUUACCGUCAGCACGAUUAACCUAUGAAACACAUGAACAUUAUCCAACUGAUCCGUCAAUUCUUCUUGGUCAACCUGUUAACAAUGAUCGAAUUCACCUGUGUGAUGUGCUGGCUGAUGAUAAUUAUUCUCGGGAAGCAAUGGUUGAAUUUGUUGAUCAGAAUGUUCUCGAUGAACGGACUUCACGAGCGAGCCGAAAUCAUCCGAAAUCAGCAACAUCAACACAAUCGAAGAUUAUUGAAUUAAAAGAUUGGAGAGGAAAAAUUACACAAGGAAAUCUUCCUGAUAUACGAAGUCAAUCAAGACGACAACGCGCUGAAUCGGUUGAAUCUCCACAACGGCCAUGUACGGCUGCCAGUAAUUUAUCUAAAUCACGACCUGAAUCUAUUGACGAACUUCUUGAUGACGAUGAAAAAGAAGAAGAAAUCAAAAUUGUCAAAUCUGAAAAUGCUCGUAGUGCACCGGUCGGUUCCGCAUUGAAGAAUCGAUCGAAUUCUCAACAACGACAACGUAGUUAUCCGCUCAAUGUCCGAAUUGACGAUACAAACGCUAAGCCUAACGUUAAUCAAAACACUGACAGAGAAGAAUAUCCUAACGAGAAUCUCGAUCCAAUGGCUUUCAGAUCUGCAAAUGAAAAUCGAUUGGAUCAAGAGAAAUUCAAUGAAAUUAUUCGUCCAUCAUCAGAAUCCAUUCUUUCCAGACGUACAACACCUGCGGGAAUGUUUGCACGAGAGUCUCCACGAGAGAAUCUCGCACCAGAUUCCACACCUAAUAGACGAAGUUAUAAAUUAAUACGAAGUUCAACUAGUUAUGUUUAUCGAACAAUUCCUGAAAUCAGUGAAAAUCCAAUUUCAUUGAAUGAACAGUUUUCGCAAUUAUCACUUCCACAGUUAGAACUUUUGGAACAUUACGAUCCAUUAAUAAGCACGAAAAUUGGCGCACCGUUUAUUCCUGUUCAAAUGUUAGCGAGACCACGUGAUGCUCAACUUUCCGCAAAGCGUUCAGCGGAAGAAAUCGAACGGGAUUAUCCAAAGAAAAAUGGUCAACCUGUGUUCGAAAAUCCUUCCGCACGUGCAACUAAUAGCAUCAUCGAAAUUGCUCAGACACUUCAAGCAAGUAAAUCAAAACGAAUACCUGUAGAACGACAAACAACAUUCGAAAGACCAGAUAAUGAAGAACCAGUUGAAGAAAGUCUACAUAUCAAAUCUAUUGAAAAUCCCAAUCGAUUAGCCAUCGAACUGUAUACACCACCAAAGCAAAAUGUAGUUGCUCAAACUACCAAUUUGUCGAAAUUAUCAACAAAACAAAAUUCAAGUCUAUCGGAUUAUCUGUCAAUUUUAGACAAACAAUCAACUGCCAUUGAAUCUUCGCAAAUUGAAGAAUCAGCGAAGUCGAACCUGAGUGUUAUCAACAUUCGAACACAACAAGAAGUUGAUCAAAUUCGUCCACGAAAGAAACCUCCACAAAAACGACUAACAUUUCCCACAACGAUUGUUACGAAUAUUAAAUCAAAUCCUAAAUCACAGGGAAGACCCAUACCAAGUGUUUUUCUUACACAAGAUCCAGAUGAAUUGAAUUACUCAACAUCUGUUUAUCGUAAAGCAAAAAAUGAUGUGAAUAUCAAACGAGUAUUCAAAGGAUAUGUUAAAGAAAAUCUUUAUCGAAGAUUAUCUGCGGAUGAAAGACGAAAACGUGAAGAAGAACAACAAGCUGCUGUCAAAAUUCAGCGAGCUUAUCGAGAACAUCUACAACGACGAGACGAAAUUGAGAAUCGUCGACCUUCAUCAGGUGAAAAACGCGAACGAGAAAAACUUCGUCGUCAAGUUCUAUCAGCAAAACGGGCACAAUAUGUCGAGCAGAAAUUAACCGAACAAACCAGAAUUCGAGAUGCAAAUGAACAAUUAAAACAGUUGGUUAGAGAUACUGGACCGUCCGUUGAAGUAUUCGGACAAUUUAAUCAAGUCGAAGCACAAUUUUCUAAGGCAACACUCAAUCGAGCUGCUACAUGCAUUCAACGAUGGUGGAAAGGUUUUCUUGUUCGGCAUCGAGCGAAAUCUUUGAAAGAAGAGGUUGCGACAUUUGGAUCAACAUGGUCACAAUUUAUUUCGCAUUAUCGCGAUGUCAUUCGACGAAUACAGGAGUUGCGUGAAUCAAAAAACCGACAGUUUCAUUUUACGCGUGAUCAAGCGAAAGAUUUUCUAACAACGGAAAAAAAAUUGACAACUAUUUACAAUUCAAUGGCUUUUAAUGAUAAAUUCGAUAAAGAAGAAAUUGAACAUUUCUUUGAAUGUUGUGAUUUAUCAGCCACAUCAGGUGAAAUUCAACAGGCGUUAACAGCCGUUCUUAAAUAUCAUCCUCGUCGAACUGAUGGAUUAACGAAAGAAAUGGUUUUCGACACUGUUUACUACAUUUAUCCACCAUUAGGUACUGGAUUAGAAUCAACAAGACAAUCAACAUGGGUUCGACCAAUUAUUGAUGGAGAGGAUGAAACAGCCAUUCAAGGAACACCUUUCCUGGAACCAAUCGAUAUGAACGUUGUUUAUAAAUUCUUGGGUAAACCACAUUGA